CCCACGCGGCCUCCCUUUUAGCUUUACGAGCAAGCUCUAGUGCCUACAAAUGUAUAUUCAGAUUCUCUUACAGUGGUGCGUACACAAACCGAGGGAUGCAGCACAACCGGCCUGCCUCAUUCCGCCAGUCGCUCUAGGUUGGUCCUGGUUAACAACACCUCAAAACACUACGUACACUUUGACAUACCAUAUUUUAGUUACUGAUGUUGUGGUAAGCCAUCCCACGAGUUUGCCAAAGGACUCGCUCGGCGCAUCGCCGAGCUCGACCUGCGGGCGCCCAGGACCCCUCUGGCCACCUCUGAAGCCCCAAAACUACACUUAAGCUGUUCGAUGGCGCGUGGCAAGCCGUCGGCGUCUGGAGGUUCUGUCGCUAGGACAACUCGCAGCGCGGCCAGCAAAAACGCGCAACCCGCGCGCUCGCCAUCGCCGGUGCCUGCAAAGGUCGCCUCGGGUCGGAAGCGGGGGCGCAAGGGGGGCGCCGCACCUGAAAAGUCCGAUGGUGGCGAGCAUGUCGAUGAGCAGGCGGAGCGCGAGGCCGCCAAGCCUGGCGACCGCAUUACUCGCGCGCAAACCAGCCAUGAUAUUGUGGAGCCGCCCCAGGAGGAGCACCUGUCGGGUGAUGAGGAUGAGGGCCCGGGCUCGCCGCCUGCUGGCUCGCUGCCGAUGGUCAAGCCGGAGCCGGCCUACUACCAGGGCGCCCUAGGCGCCAAGCGUGUCAAGCGCGAGCACUUCGUCAAGUGUGAGCCGGGACCUGUGGGAGAGACGGGCAUGGAGGCGGGCACCGAGGAGGGCACUGAGGAGGGCGACGACCCCAUGACUGAUGCCAAGUUCGAGAUCAACACCAAGCCGCCGCCGUACGAUGAGAAGCAGGAGGAGCGGCGGCCUGCAUGCCAGCUGGGCGUGGUCGUGCCGCCCCCACCCACUUCCACGCUUGGCCCCGCCGCCGCCCCUGGCCCUGCCGCCCUGGCGGACCCCGAGACCGACAAUGCCCUGACCGAGUUGGCCACUACGGUGGCUGCCGCUGUCGCCGCCGCCACCGCCACUGCGGCCACCACCACCACGGCCGCCACCGCGCCGAAACCGGCAGCUGCCGCCCGCAAGGGCCGGCGGUCCCAGAAGCAGCAGGCUGCGGCGGCCACGGCCGCCGCCGCCCACUCGGUGUCUGUGGCGGGGACGCAGGCCCUGGCUCCCGAGGCGGCACCAUCAGCGGUUGGCGCCGUGGUGGUGUCAGCCGUGCCGCCUCCUGCCAGCGUGGUUGCUGUCGCCAGCGGUAGCGCGGCUGCUGGCACCGUGGCGACCACCGGCCGGGUUCUGCGGAUGCGGCACUCUGCACGGCUUGCGGGCGUAGUGCGCUUGACUACGUCGUCGCCAGCUCGUGCCGCCGCCGUGGCGGCUGGAGUCGCGGCGGCGGCGGCACCUGUGGCUGGCGUUGCAGAAGCGGCCAGCGAUGGCACCAACGGCAGCCUACGGAGCCUGGCUCAGGCGGCGAUCAACUUGAGGCCAGCCCCUGGAAAGCUGACUGCCAAGCAAUUGAAGGUGUGUGCGGACUUCGCCGACGCGGCGUACGUUAAGGCGCGCAAGGCCAAUGUUGUGGCACGUGCGGCCCUUGAGAAGGCCAAGAGCAGCAGCGGCAAGCCCGCACCCGCUGCUCCUGCCGCCGCAGAAGGGGUAGAAGGGGUGGUCGCGCGCGACUUGUGUGAGGCGAUGACCAAGGCCUUCGCUCAUUCCUGCGCCCCGUCACGGGGGCAGGGCAAGCGCCUGCUACAACGUCAGAGCGUCGGGGCGCUAGGGGCGGCAGGUGCCGUCAUGGCGGGCGCAAUGCAGCAACAGCUGCUGCAGGUGGUGGACGCGACCGCGGCCAUGCAGGCGGCGGCGGCGGUACACGCGGCGGGGCAAGCAGGUGCGGCUGCGGCUGCGGCUGCUGUGGGGCAGCAGGCAGCCUGCUUGCAGCCCACGCUGCCAGGGGUGCUGCAGCUGCUGGGGGCACCGCCCAUGUACGAGCCCCUUCGGCCUGGUUACGGCGCCGGCGCCGGUGGGUUCAUGCAGCAGGACCCCGCCGGAGGCUGCCCGCCCUACGCCGCCGCCGCGGCCACCGCCGCCGCCGCCGCCGCCGCAGGGCAGCUGGCGACGGGCGCCCAGGGCAUGUCGCUGGCGGCAGCCGGCGGCCCGCAGCAGGCCAUGCAGCAGAUGCAGGCGGCUUCGCUGUUCCAGGCACAGCAGCUGCAGCAGGCGCAGUGCAUGUGGAUGCAGCCAGACGCUCCUGCAACUGCCGCGCUGGUGGGCGCGGGCGUGGCCAGUGCCAUUGGGGCACUCGUGCCACCGCCGCACUGGGGCAACCAGCUGGCAUCGGUCCCGUCGCAGCACCACCUGCAACACCAGCACCUGCAACAGCAGCAGGAACACCAGCAGUAUCAUCACCACCAGUACCACCAGCAGCACAACCACCAGCAGCACCACCACCUGCUGCCGGCGGCGUGUGCUGCGGCCUCCGCCGCUGCUGGCCCCUGCUGGUCAGCGGGUCCGCCGCUGGCCCCGCCGCCAUCCUUCCCCACCCCCUACCCUCCACUCGCCGGCGCAUCCGGCGGCGCCGGCAGCAGCAUGCAGUAUGUGCAGCAGACCCAGCCCCAACAGCAGCUCCAGCAGUCCCAUCGCCAGCAGCACAUGCUGGAAGCGCCGGCGCCGCUGGCGUACCAACUGCCGCCGCCUCAGCACCAGCACCGGCUGCCUGCACCGCCCUGCUACUCCGCCGGUGCCCUGGCGGCGCUGUCCGUCCCUGCACCGGCUACCGGCGCUGCUCCGCUUGCGGACGCUGCUACGCCCACGCCCUGCUGGGAGCCCGCCGGCACCAGCACCCAGCAGGCGGCGGCGGCACUGCUGGCGGCGGCGGCAGGCGGUGCAAAGGCGGACGACUUGAUUGAGGACAUCGGCGGCAUCCGCAAUGCGGCGGAGAUGGAGCACCCCUUCCAGGUUCCGCCGUGGAGCGGUGGUGUAUACGGCGGCGCGGGUGGCCCAGGCGCCGCUGUCGCCGGCCUCGUGACGGCGGCUUCUGCUGCCGCCGGCGCCGCCGGUAUCGCGGCGGGUGAAGGCGGACACGCGCAGACGCUCAGCACGGCGCCGCGGUCGCCCUCGCCCUCAUACGCCUAUCACGUGUUCCGCCAGGACCUGGACUGCGGGGGCGAUGCGGAGGCGGUGGACGAUCUGGAGGACGAUCUGGGGGAUCUCAUGGCAAGUGACUCGCCGCCGCUACCGCUCGACCUGGAGGACUUGCCGUGGCUGCUGCCGCCGCCGCCGCUGUCACAGCAGCACCAGCAACACGACGUGCAGCACCUGCAGCACUCGCAGCACCCGCCGCCCCUCCACCAGGCCCUUGCGCUGGCGCCGCCGGCCGGCGUGGCCUCGCAGGAGUAGGAGGGGGUGGCGCGCACCUUUCUGGCGCCGCAGUAAGAAGGUACAGGUCACCAGUGGCGGCGCUGGGCUGGGGGGCCGCUCGAGGGGACUGCUUGGCGGCCUGCGGACAGUUGCAGCCGGUGCGGCUGUUGCUGGCGGGGCACGGCACAUGGCUGACACGCACGCACUUGGGGACACGUCGGGGGAUGGGGGUCCUGCAGGCACGGGAGGGGGGGGAACCACAAACGCCGUGCGGCAUCUGGGUGGCGGCCAUAGCCGCACGCGUUGGCUGUUCUGCAGCAUCUUGCUAUCCUACUAAUCUUACGUCAUAAGAAUAAAUCAGGCACAGCCAGUGUUACAAGCUGAAGCGUUGAUACGCAAGGGAGAGAGGGAGGGAGAGAGGAAGGACUUACAAUUUCAGCUUGUGAAUCUUGGACGCAGAAGUGCUCGCUGCUCGCUUGUAUGUUAGUUGUUCUUGGCGUAUGCGGAGGUUUUCCAUUCCAUUCAAGCGUUGGUCCUUGCUUGGUUGUCUGGUCGCCAAACUGGAUCGGCAGCAGUGCCGCGCGUUGCUCAUGUUUUGGGCCUAAGCAUCGUAUGUGAUUAUUGUGGUGUGGGCUCAGCACCAUUUCCUUUGGGGUCUCGUGUGGGUUCAGGUUCGGAGAAGACGGCACACGCAUGCCGCGGGAAGGGGGACGGACGCAUGUCAUGCGUCAAAAAAUGUCGUCCACUGUUCGCCCGCGUUGCAUGUAUGCCGUACACACAAAUUUAUUACCGCGUGCCGCUGCGCACGCGCACACAGACAUGCUCUUGUUAUCUCUGCUGCGUUGUAUGGUUUGCAAGGGAGUGUGAAGGCCAGUACACGGCGCCAGCAAGCAUGGAUUGCCGGGUGCACCGUGUGUAGCGUUGUCCCAGGAAGCAUUUACAGGAUACUAUAGCCAAGCCAGCCCCCGAGACGAGAUGAAUCGGAUUGUCCUGUGCACGAUUGGUCUAUGCGCACUGGUAGGCUGGUUGGGACCCCGUGGUUGUGCAGGGCAGAGGCGCACCUUGUACCUUGUGCGUAGAUGUCCCCGGAAGGCCGGACGGAGAAGCGCCGCUUACGCAGCAACAAGCCUGAAGUUGUCCAUCCAGAGUAAGGAUGUUGAUUUAUAAGAGCUUGGGCGUCAUUCGACACUCUAACUAGAGAAGAUUGGUGAGCAGUAACACGUCAACGCCGUCAGCGGCGCAGCCUGCCUUGUGGUUGUGAACUUGCAUUGAGUACGCAGGAUAAUGUGUAGACCAUACGAAAGGGAUUUCGAUAGAGGGCAAAAGAGAGCUAGCGGAGAAGCGGUCAUUGAUGAGGAUGGAAGCCAGUAGAAGUGGCGGUAGGAGAGUAGGCAGAUGGAAAUCACGUGACGCAGGCUGGACAGUAGCAGCAGCAGGAUGGUGAGCUACGGUAUGCAAUACGGUUGCAACUGAGUUGGGGAGCCGCGGCUGCUGCCUUGAUGGAUGCAUUAGCAAGGGCACUGUAAUACAGGUGGUACCUGCCAUUGGAGCUCAUCAGACCGUGGGCUGGGGGCCUUGGGCUAGGGCUGUACAUGAGUGGCGUUGGGAGGGAUUCCAAUUUCCAAGGGGCAGGCGUGCGGCUGUGCGGGCCAUAUGAUAAUUAGCUGGAAGCAUCAAAGACAGUCAGCGAUUGAGGGGGCGGGUUGUGCAUUCCAGCCCAAACUAAACCAAACCAAGCUAACAUGAGCGGAGCACAGGUAGAGGCGUUAGUUGCAAGGGGGUAGAAAGCUCAGGAUC